AUGGACCCCGAAGAAGAAAAGAAAGAGUUAUGCUCUGCAAGCUUCCAGCAUGAUGAACUCUGCUCUCCUGCACUGCUCCAGAAGACCAGCCAGAAUACAAACUGCAAAAAUCCUCCCGCACCCACGCCACCAGCCACUAUCAAGGCACAGGAUCUUGCUUCCUACUUCAAGGAGAAGAUUGAUAAGAUCCGAGAUGAAAUGGUCACUGAAUGCCUUUCUGCCAUCUCAUCCUGGAUGACAUCUCGCCACCUCAAACUUAAUAUUUCAAAGACAGAGUUAAUUAUAUUUCCACCGGCCAAUAGUAGGUACCAUCCUGAUAUCUCUAUCACUGUUAAAAACUCGACUAUCUACCCUACCCCACAAGCUCGCUGCCUAGGUGUCAUCCUUGACUCUGAUCUGUCCUUUGUUCCCCACAUUCAAUCUGUCUCAAGAUCAUGUUACAUGCAUCUAAAAAACAUAUCCAAAAUACGACCAUACCUUACACAAGACACUGCUAAAACUCUAAUCCACGCUCUCAUUAUCUCCUGCAUUGAUUAUUGCAAUAGUCUCCUAACUGGUCUUCCCAAAACGAGACUCUCACCACUACAAUCCAUUCUGAAUGCAGCGGCGAGGCUUAUCUUCCUCGCUAGACGUUCAUCGUCUGCAGAUCCACUCUGUCAGUCCCUCCAUUGGUUACCUGUACUCUACCGCAUUCAAUAUAAAAUACUUUUACUCACACACAAGGCCAUUAACCAAACUACA